CAAAGUUUUUUUCUAAACUUCAAACUUUUUCGUCACAUCAAAACUUUCUUACUCACAUAAACUUCCAACUUUUCCGUCACAUCGUUUCAAUUUUAACCAAACUUUCAAUUUUAGCGUGAACUAAACACAGCCAAUCUGUUAGGAUACCUUUGUCCAAACAAGGGGAUAUCUUUUAGGUUAUCAGUACAAAAUCGGACGCGCGAAAAGCUAGGGGUUUAACCGGUACGGCCAAAGGAAGAAACCGCCGCCCCCCGCCGCCGCUGCCGCUGCCGCCGUCGAGAAAUUCAUCGGUAGUUGUAGGAUGAGCCGCCGGUUUCUGCAUCUGCUGGUGAAGAAACCCACACCGUGGGGCAGCGAGGAGUUCGGGCUCCGCCGCAUCGACAUGUCGCGCUUCUUCCCGCCGAGAAAGCCAACCGGCGGGGGCGACGGAUCAGCCGCCGCAGAUCGCCCGCGCCUGGCGCCGGUGGCGGCAGCGAUGGUGGACGCGCAGCUACCUCGCGCCGGCGAGGCCAUCUAUAGACCCCAGGGCCACGGCUGGGGCAGGUGCGGUGCGAUGAUCCUAGGUGGCGGCAAGGACAAGGUGGUCGGUGUGGACGGCGAGUACCGCAGCUUCCUGCUGAUCCUGUUCAAGUGCGGCGCCCACGCCGUCCGCCUCCUCCCCCACAUGCGCGCGACCAAGCGGUGCCCCAUCGCCUUCACCGUCGGCGACGGCGUCUACGUCAUGGAGGCGGCGGCGCCGGAGCCGGCGCGGAUGCGCGGGGCGGAGCACUGCUUCGAGGCGCUCGUCCACGGCCUCCCGCCGGCGCCGCCGCGGGGUGGCGCCACCAUCAUCGAGGACUGGCACUGGCGCUCCCUCACGGCGCCGCCCUACGUUCUCGACCCCGACGGCGACGACGGGCCCGCCCGCGUCGCCGCCCACGCGGUGGUCCGCGACUCCCAAAUCUGGGUGUCCACGGAGCGGCACGGGACGUUCACCUUCGACACGGCGAGCGGCGCGUGGUCCAAGGCCGGCGACUGGGCGCUCCCGUUCCGCGGCCGCGCCGAGCACGUCCCGGAGCACAGCCUCUGGUUCGGCUUCUCCCCUCACCACGACGGCCACCUCUGCGCCUCCGACCUCACCGCCACGCCCCCGUCGCUGCGCCACACAUGGAGGUACCGCCCGCCGCACAAGGAUUGGCCGGCCCCGGUGGCGUCCUACCUCGUCCAGCUCGGUGGCGGCAGGCUGUGCGUCGCCGAGCUGUUCGAGACGACGCGCGUCGAGGUGGGAGGACGACCACUCGAUACCAACAAGAAGGCUUCAUUGAAGACGACGACGCGGCGCUGGGGAUUCAAUGCCGCCGCCACCGCCGGCGAGGAGGAGGAGGAGGAGACGGAGGUGAGGGAGAGGUUCGCGGUGGUGACCGGAGUGGAGGUGGAGGCGUCGGCGAGCGGCAAGGCGCCGCUGCGCAUGGCGAGGCGCGCCGUGAGGCGGUACGUGCUCUCCACCGAGACGGUCGUCACGCGCGAGGCCAGACGACGCAGCAGCUGGCGGCGCGGCCGGCCGAGGAAGGACGACGACGAGACGCUGCACUGGGUGUUCUGAGCUGAGCGACGUUGCAGACAGGUUUGCAGCAGCCGACGUUGUUGUUGUUGUGCGUUUGGACUUGCUGCUGGCUGCAUUUGUGAUCUUGCGAUUGUGAGUUUGUGACCAACUGAACCAUUGCUGAUAAUAUAUCCAUGAGUAAAUUUAAAAAACUGU